UACUACAGUCACACUUGAGUUCCAAUGUUAUAAAUUUGCAAAACAAUAUCUUAAAUUUCGCGUAAAAACAAUGCCGGCCCCCGCCUCGGAACAGUGGGAUAGCGGCGACGUCGUGGUGCAGGUGUGCAUGGUGUGCGCCGCCCCGUUCCAGAGCGUACAGGACUGCUUGGCCCACGAGCUGCUGAAGCAUUCCAGCAAGCCGCAGAAGCAGCUGCGUCAGCGUCUCAAUGCCAUCACCAAGCUAUUUACAAGCAAGCAAACCCAGUCGGAGCGUAGCGAGCUCCAGGCUGUGCUCGUUCAGUCGCCGCCCGGCGGUCACCUCCGCGCAGUGCUGGACUUCUAUGCCAGCGAUCUCAGGGAGUUGGAGGACUACUACGACCAAGUACGCAACUGCAUCGAAAAGGAGCUGAAGGGCAAGGUUAAGGUGUAUCCCUUUGGUUCGCUGGUCACGGGCUUGGCCCUGAAGGAGAGCGACAUCGAUUUGUAUCUGCAGCCAUGCGAUGACCCGCCGCCCAUGGUCCACAAGCAGCUGUACAACAAGGUCUCGAAUUUCCUGCGACGCUCCAAGUGCUUCGCAGACGUCUUCGCCAUUCGCCACGCCCGUGUGCCCAUCAUCCGGUGCAAGCACCUGCUGACCGGACUCAGCAUCGACAUCAAUAUGUCCAAUCCGAAUAGUACGUACAACUCCAAGUUCGUGGGCGAGCUGAUGCGGCGCGACGAGCGACUGCGUCAACUGGGCCUCUUCCUGAAGAUCUGGGCCAAGAAGCUGAAGCUGAUUGGGCACGGCAGCAUGACCAGCUAUUGUCUCGUCAGCAUGAUAAUUGUCAGUCUCCAGGUGCAGAACCUGCUGCCAUCCGUCAAGGAGCUGCAGUCAUUUUGCCCCCCAGAGAACUUGUGCGGCGUAAACUACGCCUACACCUUGCACUUGAUGCCACCGAUACCGAACCGGAUGAGCACCCAGGAGCUAAUCAGGAACUUCUUUGUCUACUACAGCACCGUCGACUUUCAGAAGAGCGUGGUGAGUCCCUUCCUGGGCUGCGUUUUGGACAGGGAGACCACCUUUGGGACGCCGGGCGGCGGAUUUCCCGAGUACGAGGCUCAGCUUCAGGCCAUGGAGGAGGCGGUAGGAGAGCGCCCGGAGGCCUUCCAGCUGGACCGCAGCAUGUGCGUGCAGGACCCCUUCGAGCUGCAGCACAACGUGGCCAAGUCCGUCUCCCAAUCGAGUUUAUGUUACCUCAGACAAUGCCUAAUCCUGGCAGCUCAGGCCAGUAGCGAUCCGGAGCUGCAGGCGCAACCAUCGAAGCUAUAUGACUACUUGCUAUUUGGACUGACGGACAAGUUGGUGGCUAACCAGCACAAGGAGAAACCCACUCCGCCGAAGCAGCCGAAGAAGGAGCUCAAGCACGAGGUGGCGAAUCUGCCGAUGACCGAGCCAAAGGCUGCUCAACCCGAAGCUGUGGCCACGGAACACGGUGCGCCACCCAUUGUGCGAACGCACUUUAUCACGCCGACCACCAAUGAUCUCAAAUGCUUGCGCUCCAGCGAGCUGACCCUGACGAGCAGCGGCGAGGGCGCGCGACCGAUAUACUAUUACUGGAUGUCCUGCUAUGUGGACACCAUUAAAGAUGUUUUGGCCCAGCUCUACGUCUUGAAUAUCGAAUCGUUGACCGAUGAGCCCUACUACCAUAGGUGGCGCAUCAGCAGCUCCCUGGACACUUGGACGGGACGCUCCUUCCAGCGUGGCUCUGGCCAGUCUUUCUUUGCCCAUCAACUGCAGCAGACGAUCGAGUUUAUGAAGACACGACCUGCAAAUCCCGCGUACGCAGUCAACCUGCGCGGCAUUCUGACGCUGCUGGCCAGUGAUGACUACAAGGAGAUACGGCUGGACGUGGAGCCACUGCCGGGCGACCUGCUUGGCCUGCAGCGGAACAGUCCACUGACCAAGCUGUUCAAGGCGUUCAAGAACCUGCUGGGCAACUAUAGCUUCAAGGAGAAGGCGAGUACAUGGAAGUAUUACGCCAAAUCCGACCAACGGGGGGCUCAAUAACAAGCACACAGACAUACAUAAACGAAUAUGUAAACCUCGAUGUACAAAAACUUUUAGAAUUGAAAGCCUGUAGCUAUGUAAGCCUUUAUGUACAAAAUCUAUUAGAACUGGAAGCCAAGUGGGCUUUCAAUUACAAAAGUUUUUGUACAUAAAGGUUUACAUCAUCUUUGCUGGACAUUGCUUUUGAACAGAAUUUCUUUAUAUUUUAAUCAGGCUUAGAAUAAAUUAAAUGUCUACAAAUCA